GACGACGACAUCAUUCGUGAUCGCUAUUUCUGGACAGCCAAGGACUCGCCGGAAACUCUCAGGUCCCUAGCAUAUCUGGUGAAAGCGGCCGUGAGGGGAAUUCAGAGUUCCUUCUUUCCUCUACCAACCUUUUUGAAACGCUGGCAAGCUCAAUCCGGAGAUCAAACGGCGCCCGCAGAGUCGAUGAAGCCGUCGGAGACGCCGGGAGCUGACUUGGCCAGGAUCAUCGCUGGCUCUAUGCCCUCCGAAGCCGACCAGAUACCUCAUCCGAUCGUUCAUUUGGCCAUGCGUGUUGGCCUGGAGGGCUCCACGUCUUCCUGCAACGCCCUGGUGCGCUCGUUGUUCGACGUGUUCCCGAACACAUACGAGCUGUUGGGCGCUCCUUCCACACGACCAUUCGAGUACCUCUGGCGACGGCCUGGUGACAGACCUCACGUGCCAUGGGAGGCCCCUUCAGACGAUACCAUGAGAUUGUGGGAGCAGGAGAACAAGGAAGAUCACCAUUACCCGACCAAGAAUGACCUUACAGACGUCCUCGAGUACGUGAAAGUGGCGAUUGCUUAUGAACCUGGCGACUGGAGGUUGGCUCCCUACACGCACGCUGGCGUUGUUGCUAUGGCGCUAGAAGCUGGUGCCGAGCAGGAGGCGCAUGCUUGGAUGUCGGCACUUGUCAGAUCCGCCAUGCACUUUGACACGACGUGGACAUGGGACAUCGGGCGCUGGCCAGCUCUUGUAGACUAUGCCUUGCGGACUGGAAUUGCAGCCGAGAUCACCGGACGCGGCCAAGAGCAGGUAGAGCAAGAUGCGGAACUCGCACGACAAGCACUGCUGUCCUUCCCGCAGACUUCCGCUGCUGUGCAGGAGCAGCGGCGCGCAGCUAUGCAGAAGUUCCGUGACGCGCCGAUGUCCGCUCUCAUACCUAUGCUGGAAGUAUUGAAAUGGGAGGAUCACGAAACACUGCUUAAGCCGCCAGCGCCCCCGGCAGCUAUCCGCGAAGCCGAGGAGCGACUGGGGAUCGAGCUCCCGGGCGACCUCAAGGAAUUCUACCUCGUCUCCAACGGGACAGAGUUCAUGCCGUCGGUGAACGCACCAGGCUUCAAACCCGUCGAGCAGCUCCAGUGGGAACAAGCGAAGAAUCUCGGCCUUGACGAGUUUGCUGUCGAGCUUGGGUGCAAGAUUGACGGCGCGGAAUGGGACCAGCUGCCGAAGAUGGACCGUUUGCUCGUCGUUUCUGAUGACUCGGAAGAGAUGGUUUGGUAUGUCCAUCCUGAAACGGUGUGCAAGGCCAUAGGCACACUCGAGGCCCUGGGAUAUUCAGCCGGCUCGUUGGGUACACUAGGAUGGCGCGCAGUCUUUUGGGUCAGUUGGAUGCCGGAGUUGAAGUGGUUGAACAGAGGCUUCCGCGGGUACAUCGAGGAGCUUGCACGAAAGGCAGAGAGGAAAGGUGCUGCAUUGAAUGUAUGAGUGUUGCGCCGACUUGCUAUGCAAGCCGGAGGUCUAACAGUAUCAGUAUUGUUGCAUAAUCCACGAGCGCAUCCCAUUGCGUUUCACGGCGGCAUACCAGUUCACAAUGAUGACGCACGCCCAAUUGUCUUGGGGUACUCGACACAGUCUCCAUUUCCUACACGACGAGCGGCGAAUGUCUUCCGUGCUAGUGUAACAUGAAACGGUUCUUUGCAAGCCAGAUGUCCGAAACGCCCGGGGGACUGAGUAGCUUGUGGGGAUAACCAUACUGUACGCGCAAGUUGAAGAUGCUUGCGUAUAGGAGGCAUCAUUGGCUCCUCUACGCGUUUGAUCUAUGGUCUAGGUCAAGAUAAACUCGAGGACCCAGGCUGGACUACAAACGUGAGCGUUCCACGAAGACCUAUUGGCUAAGCGGCAAGUAAGUC